AAAAACAAGACAAAUUAAAUUAAUUACGUGGGAUUUCAUGGAUUUCUUUCUUCCCCGGAGACGAUGGAUAUGUGGUAUGAAAACCUGUAUGCUAAAGCCAGUUUGGUCAGAGCCAGGUGUCAUGUAUGCUAAAGCCAGCAUCACAUGUAGGUGGAUGGAUGGUAGCUGGAAUCAAACUUCCUUCUUGCACUUAAAAUAAAAUAAUAAUUAAAAAUAUUGAAAUCCAUUUUUAUAUUUGAUACGUACAUGGACAAUAAUUUGUAAACAAUAGAGAAGAUUUGGGAUCCAGUGGAGACCUUCACAAGAAUUUUAGCACACUGCAUCCCCACCUUCCAAGGCAGACCUCAUCGCUGUCUAUCUACCCACCUGUGUUUUCCUGCAAUUUCUUUCCGCUUUUAUGAAGAGAUGGCCUGCGAUUUAAGCUAAGUUGAGUGAGGUCUCAUAGUAAAAGAGUGGAUGGCUUUUGCAAACCCUCGAAGUCAAAGAGCGUCUUCUUCUUCUACUUCAACUCGUGGAUGGAAUUGCGAUGUUUUCUUAAGCUUUAGGGGUGAAGACACCCGCCAUACUUUUACAGAUCAUCUCUACAGAGCUUUGAAUCGGAAAGGGAUUCGUACCUUUAGGGAUACCGAAGAGCUACGAAGAGGAGAAGAGAUUGCACCAGAACUUCUAAAAGCUAUUGAAGAGUCAAGGAUUUGUCUCAUAAUUCUGUCGGAAAACUAUGCCCGUUCUAGGUGGUGUUUGGAAGAACUGGCGAAGAUCAUGGAUUGCAGGAAGCAAAUGGGAAAAUUAGUUUUUCCUAUUUUCUACCACGUGGACCCAUACUCUGAGGAACUAGAUACGGGUAAUCAUAAAGGUGCAUUUUUCUAUGAUGACAGGAAUGGAGAUGAGGAGGGAAGGAGGAAGAUAGAGAGAUGGAGGGAAGCGUUGAAGACGGUGGCGAAUGUUAUGGGAUGGUAUUUACGUGAUGGGUCAGAGACACGUGUUAUUGAGGAGAUUACUUCCACUAUUUGGAAGUGUUUAAAUCGGGAACUCUUACAUGUUGAGAAGAACCUUGUUGGGAUGGAUCGUGGAAGGGCGUCUUCUUCUUCUACUUCUAUUGGCCCAUGGGAUUAUGAAGUUUUCUUGAGCUUUAGGGGUCAAGAUACUAGCCACAGUUUCACGGAUCAUCUCUAUGCAGCUUUGUAUCAGAACGGAAUUCGUACCUUUAGACUGGAUGAUCACAAGGGAGAAGAGAUUGAAUCAUGUACUUUUAAAGCUAUUGAGAAGGCAAGAUGCAUCCUCGUAAUUCUCUCGGAACACUAUGCCCAUUCCCGUGGGUGUUUGAGGGAAUUGGUGAAGUUCAUUGAGUGCAAGAACCAAAAUGGAAAAUUAGUUAUUCCGAUUUUCUACCACGUGGAACCAUCCGAUGUGCGGAAACAGAAGGGGACUUAUGGAAAAGCAUUCCAAGAUCAUGAAGUAAAAGGUUUUGCCCACGAGACACAGAGGUGGAGAGCAGCUUUGACGGAAGUGGCCAAUCUUUCUGGGUGGCAUUGUGCCCUUGCUGGUGGUAGGUCUGAGGCAGAUGCUAUUGAGGAUAUUACUUGCGCUAUUUUACAGAGAUUGAGUCAAAAACUCUUAUAUGUUGAGAAGGACCUCAUUGGGAUGGAUUCUUAUUUUGUUGAAAUGAUUUUGCAAUUGAUAAACCCAUUAUCAAAUGAUGUUCGCAUGGUUGGAAUUUAUGGACUUGGAGGAAUUGGUAAGACAACCAUUGCGAAAGUUUCAUUCAACCAUAUUGCCUCUGAUUUCAUGAUUACUAGCUUUAUUGCUAAUGUUAGAGAGUGUUCCAAAAGUAAGGGUCUACUUCAUUUACAAAAACAACUCCUUCGUGAUUGCUCAAUGAGAAGGGUUGAAUCACUAAGCAAUGUUGAUGAAGGAAUCACUAUGAUAAAAGCUAGGCUAUGCUUUAAAAAGGUUCUCCUUGUUCUUGAUGAUGUUGACAAUUUGAGCCAACUGGAAGCUUUAGCUGGUGAUCAUAAUUGGUUCGGUCCAGGAAGUAUAAUUAUUAUAACAACUAGAGAGAAGCAUUUGUUGGGGCAUGAAAUGGAUGCAUUAUAUGAAGCUAAGAAAUUGGGUCACAAGGAAGCUGUUGAACUCUUUAGUUGGCAUGCAUUUAAUCAGAACCAUCCCAAAGAAUAUUAUGAAACACUUUCAAACUCUGUGGUACGAUAUGUUGAUGGUCUUCCAUUAGGUCUUAAAGUUCUAGGUCGUUUCCUAUGUGGCAAGACCGUAGGUGAAUGGGAAAGUGAAUUGCAUAAACUAAAACAAGAACCUAACCAAGAAAUUCAAAGUGUGCUCAAAAGAAGUUAUGAUGAAUUAGAUCACACACAAAAGCAGUUAUUCUUAGAUGUUGCUUGCUUCUUUAAUGGAGAGGAUAAGGAUUUUGUCACAAGAAUCCUAGAUGCUUGCAACUUCUAUGCGAAGGGUGGAAUAAGAGUCCUCACUGAUAAGUGCCUCGUAACAAUUUUAGACAACAAGAUAUGGAUGCAUGAUUUGUUACAACAAAUGGGGCGAGACAUUGUUCGACAAGAAUCUCCAGAAGAUCCUGGAAAAUGGAGUAGAUUAUGCUACCCUGGGGUUAUAAGUCGUGUAUUGACAAGAAAAAUGGUAAGAGAAAAAUUCAAAGGAACAGAGGCAAUUAAAGGCAUGCUCUUCAACGUGUCUAUACCUAAGCAGAUACACAUUACUACUAAAUCCUUUGCGAUGAUGAAGAAUCUUAGGUUGCUCAAAAUCUAUUCUCACCUUAAAUCUACUUCUGCAAGGGAGGAUAAUAGUGUAAAGCUGUCCAAAGACUUUGAAUUCCCUUCUUGUGAGCUAAGAUACCUCUACUGGCAAGGAUAUCCUUUGGAAUCUUUGCCAUCAAGUUUUGAUGCGGAAGACCUUGUAGAACUUGACAUGCGUUAUAGCAACUUAAAACAACUUUGGGAAAAUGACAUGUUAUUAUUAUUAUUAUUACUUUUUCUGUUACAGCUCCUUGAAAAGUUAAAUACUAUCAGACUUAGUUGCUCUCAACACCUCAUUGAAAUUCCAGACAUCUCAAUUAGUGCACCCAAUCUGGAGACACUAAUUCUUGAUGGUUGUUCAAGUUUGCUUGAGGUCCACACAUCUAUUGGAAAGCUAAGCAAGCUUAUUUUAUUGAGUCUGAAAAACUGCAAAAAGCUUAGCAGUUUUCCGAGCAUCAUCAACAUGGAAGCACUCAAAAUUCUUAAUUUGUCUGGCUGCUCAGGGCUCAAGAAGUUUCCAGAUAUUCAAGGUAACAUGGAACAUUUAUUGGAGCUUUAUUUGGCUUCAACUGCUAUCGAGGAACUUCCCUUAUCAUUUGGGCAUCUCACUGGACUUGUUAUAUUGGAUCUGAAAAGGUGCAAAAAUCUUAAGAGUCUUCCAGCAAGUAUUUGUAAGUUGGAAUCCCUUGAAUAUCUCUUUCUCUCUGGCUGUUCAAAACUAGAGAAUUUUCCAGAAAUGAUGGAGGAUAUGGAAAAUUUGAAAGAGCUUCUGUUAGAUGGAACAUCUAUAGAAGGGCUACCCUUGUCAAUUGACCGUCUAAAAGGCCUUGUUUUAUUGAAUCUGAGGAAUUGCAAAAACCUUGUGAGUCUUCCAAAAGGUAUGUGUAAAUUGACAUCUCUUGAAACACUCAUUGUCUCUGGUUGUUCACUAUUAAACAAUUUGCCAAGGAACCUUGGGAGCCUGCAACGUCUAGUGCAGCUCCAUGCAGAAGGAACCGCUAUAACACAACCGCCUGACUCAAUUGUUCUUUUGAGAAAUCUCGAAGUGUUGGUCUAUCCUGGACGUAAAAUAUUAACACCGACCUCAUUGGGGUCACUCUUUUCCUUCUGGUUAUUGCAUAGAAACAGUUCAAAUGGGAUUGGUUUACACUUGCCUUCUGGUUUUCCCAUUUUCAGGUCUUUCACAAAUUUAGACCUAAGUGACUGCAAACUAAUAGAAGGAGCAAUCCCCAAUGAUAUCUGCUCCUUAAUCUCAUUGAAGAAAUUAGCUUUAAGCAAAAACAAUUUUCUAAGCAUACCUGCUGGCAUCAGUGAGCUUACAAACCUAAAAGACCUUCUGAUAGGGCAGUGCCAGAGUCUCAUAGAAAUUCCAGAGCUUCCACCAAGUAUCCGAGACAUAGAUGCACACAAUUGCACGGCCCUUUUACCAGGCUCAUCAAGUGUAAGCACAUUGCAAGGGCUACAGUUCCUAUUCUAUAAUUGCUCCAAAUUAUUUGAGGACCAAUCCAGUGAUGAUAAGAGGAAUGUACUACAGAGAUUUCCACAUAAUGAUGCGUCUUCCUCUGCUUCUGUUUCCUCUUUGACUACUUCACCUGUUGUAAUGCAGAAAUUGCUUGAAAAUAUUGCAUUUAGUAUAGUUUUUCCUGGAAGUGAAAUUCCUGAGUGGAUCUGGCAUCAGCAUGUGGGAUCUUCUAUCAAAAUAGAGCUGCCUACAGAUUGGUACAAUGAUUUGUUGGGAUUUUCUCUCUGCUCUGUUCUUGAACACCUCCCUGAGAGAAUUAUAUGUCGAUUGAAUUCUGAUGUUUUUGAUUAUGGAGACUUGAAAGACUUCGGUCAUGAUUUCCAUGGGAAAGGCAACAAUGUUGGCCCAGAACAUGUCUGGCUGGGUUAUCAACCAUGUUCCCAGUUGAGGUUGUUUGAAUUCAAUGACCCCAAUGACUGGAAUCUCAUUGAGAUUUCUUUUGAGGCAGCCCACAGAUUCAGCUCAAGUGCAUCCAAUGUGGUGAAGAAGUGUGGGGUAUGUCUAAUAUAUGCAGAAGAUCUUGAAGGAAUCCAUCCACAAAAUAAAAUACAGCUGAAAAGCAGGGGAUAUAAUGUAGUCGAGAGAAGCAGUGACAGUGCAGGACUCAAUGGAAGUGGAAUGGGCCCUAGUUCUAGUGGCAGUGGUCUCAGACCCGCCAACAAUCCCAAACUCAGGCGCAAGCCCAAACGUCCUCAAGAAUGACUACCAUCAUCCAAGCUCUUUAUCUCAAUAAAAUUCUCUCUUCUGUUGAUUUGGUCAUGCAUGCUCAAAGUCAGUAAUGAUUUUGUUUGUCAAUGAUUCUUACUAACUCCUCCAAUCAUGUCUGUAUAUGAUCUCUCUGUCGACUUUAUGGUGAGUCUUCAUCUUUUCUCUUCUGGAGUUAUAUUAAUUGAAGCAAGGUGAAAUUCUUAAAGGAGUUCUUCUUUCUGGUUUUCUUCGAUAUUUUAGGCAGACAUUUUUGUUUGAAUCUGAGCUUCGAUUUUUCUAGAAUUUA